GGCACUGACGGCGACCAAUGAGAGGCGGGGACGCCGUGCGAAGCAGCCAAUGGAGAUCGUCCGGUGGGAGGGCCGCGCUCACGAGCAGGUCCCGGGCGAAGUAUCUGUGGCGGAGCGAGCGCGUGGGCGCCGAGGCCAAAAAGAAAAAGAGAAGAGGGUUGAUGGGGUUCUUUUUGAGGGCGGGGGCCGUUUGCCGAGCGGGGCCUGCGAACUUCUCCUCAGCCGUUUCCUCGCGCGGCGUCAUUUCUCCCUCAGCAGUAGCAGCAGCCUCCUCCACCCACCAAGCGCGCGCGCGCGCGCCCCCCUCCGUCACCCCCACCCCCACUCGGUACUUUCGGUUACCUCAGAAGGCUGGGCAGGCGUCGGUUUCAGUUAUUUUUUAAAUCUCCCUCAGGCGGGGACGCGGCAAUACGUGGGAGGGGAGGGUGAGGGUUUUGUAUGGAGAAGGAGCGCAGCCCUCAGCCUCGCUCUUUUUCCCCCCCUCCUCCUCGCUCGCUCUCUCGCUCCUCCGUCUCCUGGUGCCGCCGCUGUCAAGGCUGUAAACAUCCCGGCAUCCCCGAGGACAAGAAGGCGGGGCCGGGCGCACCGCCUACCGGCCCUGCCUCCUUCCCAGCCGCCGGCCGGCCCGUCGCCCGGCAGGCUGACUAGCUGGCCGUCGCCGGCUCCCCGCGCGCGCGGUUACUACACACGCGCGGAGAGCCCGUCCUGGCCGCCGCCAGAAAGAGGAGGCAAAAAGGGUCAUAUGCAUCACUUGAUAUCUAAUUACUCCACAAUUGAUGGAUUGCCACUGAAUUGUUCACAGUCCAUUGAAAGGCAUUAUGUUGAAGUAAGCAGAGGCGAUAAAGUGAGAUCUUGUUGCACUUGAACAUCAGGAACGCUGCAUGAACACUGGAGGACUUGGCCAAGGUGUGCCUUGGGGUAGAGGAGUUACAGCUAGGCUUCUCACUGUGGACAGUCAUGAGGGAAACAGGUGGCCAAGGAUGGGCAGUCCAAGAUUAGCUCAGCCUAUGCCAGGCUAACAAGUUGUUCACCCUGAAGAGCCACACCGGAGUCAGUGGCAUUACAGAACCAGUGCAUGGAGGCUGUGGGCUGCCCAAAUGACAAGACCCCACACCCGGCCUCACAGACGUGGUCUAAAGGAAAGCAGAGCGAUACGUUUGACACCAGCUUGGCUGCCAGAGUUGCCAAAAGGAAGCAAAUAAGGUGCCAUCCAACCAUCUUAGGGACUCUCACUCUAUAGGAUUACCAGUUUAAAUAUUAAGCUUCUGUGGAGCUAUCUUGGAGUUUUCUAUUGCCGGGGUCUUUAACCCUUUGUAAACACAACGUUAUCUUUAUAGGAGCAGCAUGUACAUGAUACUGCAAGAAAUGAAGUUGGCUGUCAUUUCUUUGACAAACAAUGCGAGAAAAUGAAUAAACAACACUGAUGCAUCUUGGUUCAAUCCAGUGUUGACAGCCGACAUGCAUAACCAGUUGCGAUGACAUGCACGGUGUCAAGUUAUUGUUGCUGAGUUUCUAGGGCAGUUCACAGUUCCAAGAGGACAUCCUGCCCUUCUUUAUUUGGUUGCUGAACAAGACGAAGGAUGACAAUUCUGGAAACUCAAAGCGAAGAUUUUCGCAGGGAACUGCUGUUUCCUUAAUGGUCUGGGUAAUUAUUAUUCAACCUUCUCUCUCAAGGUAUCUGGAGAGAUCAGAGCUGCUGAUGCCAGAGGCAGCUAAGGAUAAUACUUCUCAGCGCUGGCCCUUCCGCAAGGAUAUGUCUAUGGAAAUAAUCCACCUUCCCUUCAGUGGGAUUGUUUGCCAUUAAAUAUACAUGCAAGGCCUUGCCUCCUCCUUGAUUAGACAAGGCAAUUUAACAUUAUGUUUUUCAUUGCAGAGACGCAAGCAUCAGCAUCUCAUCUGGCCCCGCAGUGGGAUCAAACAACUAAUGUAAAAAUAAAUAAUAAAAAUCAAGGACCUUGUCCAGGUAUUUGAGCCGUA